UGGGCCCAAAUUGCCCAUUUCAAUUCCCAGCUCUUAAUCGAAUCGAAGUUUUCUGAUGCUUCUCUCCUGCUUGCUGCAAACCCUAGUUUCCUCCAGUCUUCCUCGAGCACUUACCGUGUCGCUUCAGUAGAAGAAAACACUUCCUUUGCUUCAUCCCUUCUCCUGACCCAAAGAGUGGGGGAAAAAAGCAAUUAUUUUUAAUGGCUGGCAAAGCAGCGCAGUCUGUGGUGAAGGCAAUGGGGGAAUACCAGUACCCAUGGCGUGAAAAAUUGGCUAAGUACAAAGUUGAGUUAUCAAAGGGGGUGUGGGGCUAUUGGGAACUCGGAGCGUGGAAGCCUCUAAGCAUCAGCGCUCGCCGUCGAGCCAGGCUCCGCAAGGAAGUACUUUCAGCAGGGCAAGAUUGGCCUUACGAUCCACAGAGGAAAGAGAUGAGAACCAAGAUGAAAGGUCACAAGUGUGACAGAAUAUCUGCUGAGAAAAGGGAGAAUACCGCUAAUUUGAUGCAGAAAAUGCCUGAGAUGUUGCUUGCUUAUAAGAAACGUAGGUGGGAGAAGAAAAUGAAGGAAGAGGAGAAAUUGAAAGAAAAAUAAAUCUGAAAAAUGUUUUCAUAUAUUUUUCUUCUUCUGUCUUUUGGGUUGAAAAUAAGAAAAGAUGUUGGGUUCGGAAUUUGCAAAUGCUAAAUCUUUGUACUGAUGAAUUCAGUGUUGGGUUUUUUUGUUUACAAGAUGUAUGGGCUGAAUAACGAUACAGAUCUUUUAAUUCAAGUAUUUGAAGACUUGACUGUGUUUUCAGUUCUUUUUAA